GAUAAAAAGACCUAUACCCAAUAACCCACUAAUUGGAGGUGAACUCGGGCGGCUUUCAUAUAGAGGCCAACCCUGUGGAAUUUGCAAUACCGUUGGGCAUCCAUUUUACAGAUGUCCUCAAAAGAGUAAGCCACGGUGCUUCAAAUGCCAAAGUACAGAACAUUUUGCGAAAGAUUGCCCUUUGAAUAAAUCAGAGAGAACAGAUAGCCAAAAACAGAAUGAACAAAAUAUCACAACCAAAACACCAAUAGAUACAGUGGUAACAGGAUGUUCUAUUGAAAAUGGUUUAUAUAAUGAAAUGAAGUCUGACAGUGUCACAGAAACAACACAAGGUGGAGCCAGGAUCGAAGAUGUUCCAAUUCUUCUGAAGCGCAACAAACUUGAUAAGCAGCACCUGAAUAACAUAGUUACGCAAGUAGGAACAAAAAAUGUUGUUUACGAUGGCGAAAAUGUCGAUGACUGCAAUACAAAAUACAAAUCAAUGGUGCAAGGCAUUCACUGUGACUUCUUUCCAGAGUGCAACAUUAUUGUGUCAAGUAUUCCACCUAAACAUCCAUACGACAAAAAUACCCAGGGAAAGAUCAACAAGUUCAAUGCUCAACUGGAAAAAAUGUGUAAACUUCUUGAUUAUUGUGAAUAUGCAAACAAUGAUGCUAUGCUAUUAAGCAAUGGUGGGAAGACAUCCAAGGAUGACUUUAAGUCUGAUGAUCCAUCUGGAGUUCAUCUGAGCCCUCAUGGGUACCACAAUAUUGCGAGGCAGGUCAAUACUGUGAUGAAAUCUGGAAUAAAGCGAAAGAAAAGAGAUAAUGAUGGUUUCUCAACACCACCUUCAACUGAGAAACCUCUGAAGAAACUGUUGUAUAGUGAAUCGUAACAGAUGAAGAUGUCGGGUGUCUCAAAAAAAUGUACCCAAAAGUAUAUCAAGAGCACAGAUAAACCAAUCAAUAUUUUCAGACAUUUUUUGCAUGGUCAUGUAGCCAAAACAUGAAAGUUUUCUCCUCAAUACACCAUUUUUAUUUCAGUCUUGUCUUUUUGAUGCUUUAACCAUUUACCUUUUAUACCACAUUAUCGAUGUAACCUCAUAUUCCGAUGACAGCCUGUAUCCUUACUGCUACAUUGUUCAUCACAUUUGAUAAUAAUUCCGGUGGAAUGUUUUGGAUUUCUCUUUGGAUGUUGCCCUUAAGUUGCUCUAGGUCUUUUUGCUUGGAAUGAGCAUUAAAAGACUCCUUCAGAUAGCCACAGAGAACGAUGUUUGAGGAUGACGAUGGCAGAACAAACACGGAUAAUCAGGUCAAUUAUCGGCAAAUGAUUCAGGAGUUACCUUCCAGAGUUAGGCAGGCUAGCCUGGAGAUCAAAUGAUAUCCAAAUGAAAACACAGUGGUCUCAAAUUGAUCCACA